CUUCCGCCCCUUAACAUUCAAACAAUCAAAAAACAAAAAAUAAGGAUGAUGGUCUGUUUGUUUGUGAAGAGAUUCAUCUUUGUUUUAGCUGCUUUCUGUUGGGUUUCUGGUGAUGUUGCUCUUGCAAAGCAUGCAGGCAUUACUAGACACUACAAGUUCGAUAUUAAAAUGCAAAAUGUGACAAGAUUGUGUCAAACGAAAAGCAUAGUGACAGUGAAUGGGCAAUUUCCUGGUCCCAGAAUCAUUGCGAGAGAAGGGGACCGUGUUGUGGUUAAGGUUGUUAACCAUGUUAAGUAUAAUGUCACAAUUCAUUGGCAUGGAGUGAGACAGCUGAGAAGUGGAUGGGCUGAUGGACCUGCAUAUAUUACACAAUGCCCUAUUCAAACCGGGCAAAGUUAUGUUUACAACUUCACCAUCACGGGUCAAAGGGGCACAUUAUUUUGGCAUGCUCACAUAUCAUGGCUAAGAGCAACUCUAUACGGACCUAUAGUCAUUCUUCCAAAGAAAGGAGUUGCCUAUCCUUUUCCCCAACCCUUCAAAGAAGUUCCAAUUAUUUUUGGUGAAUGGUGGAAGGCAGAUACAGAGAAGAUCAUCAGCCAAGCAUCACAAACAGGAGGAGCACCCAAUAUUUCUGAUGCCUUCACCAUUAAUGGUCUUCCAGGACCCUUAUAUAACUGCUCUGCCAAAGAUAGCUUCAAAUUAAAAGUGAAGGCAGGGAAAACAUAUCUGCUAAGAUUGAUCAAUGCUGCCCUGAACGAUGAGCUCUUCUUCAGCAUCGCUAAUCACAGCCUCACAGUGGUCGAAGCUGAUGCGGUGUAUGUUAAACCAUUCAAAACCAACAUAGUCCUCAUCACACCUGGCCAAACCACUAAUGUCCUCCUCAAAACCACCAAACACCACCCUAAUGCCACCUUCCUCAUUUCCGCCAGGCCUUAUGCCACCGGGCCUGCCCCUUUCGACAACUCUACCACCGCCGGAAUCUUGGAAUACUCCACUAACAAAACAAUAAUUACCACCAAGAAACUCCCACUCUUCACACCAAUCCUCCCUGUUUUCAAUGACACAUCUUUUGCUACUAACUUUACCAAGAAACUUAAAAGCUUAGCUAACGCUAAUUUCCCGGCCAAUGUCCCAAAGAAAGUGGACAGAAGAUUUUUCUUCACCGUUGGAUUAGGAACAAGCCCGUGCCCUCAGAACCAAACAUGCCAGGGACCAACUAAUAAUACUAAAUUUGCAGCCUCAGUGAACAACAUCUCCUUUGUUCAACCAAGUACGGCUCUACUUCAAGCCCACUUCUUCAAGCAAUCCAAAGGAGUUUACACCACUGAUUUUCCGGCCAACCCGCCCGUGAAGUUCAAUUACACCGGAAACCCACCCAGCAACAUUAUGGUGACUAGUGCUACAAAAGUUGUGCAGCUUAGUUUUAAUAGUAGCGUGGAACUUGUAAUGCAAGACACAAGCAUUAUUGGAGCUGAAAGUCAUCCUCUUCAUCUCCACGGCUUCAAUUUCUUUGUAGUUGGUCAAGGUUUUGGUAAUUAUGAUCCUAAUAAAGAUCCCGCCAAAUUCAACCUCGUCGACCCCGCAGAGAGAAACACCGUCGGAGUGCCUUCUGGUGGUUGGGUCGCCAUUCGUUUCCUUGCCGACAAUCCAGGGGUGUGGUUUAUGCAUUGUCACCUUGAAGUCCAUACAAGCUGGGGAUUGAAAAUGGCUUGGAUCGUCAUGGACGGAAAAGGACGUAAGCAAAAGCUGCCACCUCCACCCGCUGAUCUUCCUAAAUGUUGAUGCAUGCAAUGCUCAAAUUAAUACUCAUGCAUGCACCCAUUAUUCAUUCCUUCAUUUAUUUUUAAUCAAUUUUUUGAGUGAGUUCUAUUAUUUUGAGGAAGAUGUUUUGUUUCUUUAGCAGUUUCAUUAUGAUUUUGUUGGACCAAACAAACAAUUUGGUUAUUUCUUGUACUAUCGACUGUGUUCUAAUUAUGAGAACCCAAAACAUCAAUGAUGAAAACAAUUUUUAAAUUUCAA